AUGACUAAAAUUCUACAGAAUUGUCUUUGUAAUUUCAUUUUCUCUUUUCAGACAUGGAAACAUGUAUCAGUUGCCCACCAAAUAAGUAUCCAAACCAAGACCAGGAUAAUUGCAUUACAAAGAUACUAAACUUUCUGGGCUUUGAUGAAACUUUAGCCAUCAUUUCAACUUCCUCUGCACUAUUGUUCUCUCUGAUCACAGCUCUAGUGUUGGGCAUCUUCAUUAAGCACAAGGACACCGUGAUUGUCAAAGCCAACAAUAGAAGCCUCACUUACAUUCUCCUUGUGUCCCUCCUCUUGUGUUUUCUCUGCUCCUUGAUGUUCAUUGGAACACCUAAGCAGGCAACCUGCCUUCUACGACAAACAAGUUUUGGCAUCGUCUUCUCUGUUGCCCUCUCUAGUAUCUUAGCCAAAACCAUAUCAGUGGUUCUGGCAUUCAUGGCUACCAAGCCAGGAUCCACAAUCAGGAAGUGGGUAGGCAAAAAACUGGCUUAUUCCAUAGUCCUCUCUGGCUCCAUUGUUCAAGUAGGGCUCUGUGGUGUUUGGCUGGCAACUUUCCCCCCAUUCCCUGAUUUGGACAUGCAAUCAAUGAGUGAAGAAAUUAUAUUGUUAUGUAAUGAAGGGUCCGUCCAUAUGUUCUACUGUGUUUUGAGCUACAUGGGCUUCCUGGCUACUGUCAGCUUCACUGUGGCCUUCCUAGCCAGGAAGUUACCUGACAGUUUCAAUGAAGCCAAGUUCAUCACCUUCAGCAUGCUGGUCUUUUGCAGUGUUUGGAUCUCCUUUAUUCCAACUUACCUGAGCACCAGAGGAAAAUACAUGGUGGCUGUGGAGAUCUUCUCCAUCUUGGCUUCUAGUGCUGGAUUACUGGCUUGCAUCUUUUUCCCCAAAUGCUACAUUAUUCUUGUGAGGCCUGAGUUGAACACCAGAGAACAUCUAAUGCAAAGAAAGAUAUAAAUAAUGUAAGAAUUUACAGUUCCAUGAUUGUUCUUAAUUUUCAACA